AUGGGUUGUGUUGUUAAUAUCGGGAAGACUGAUGAUUGUGAUGGCGAUACUACUUGUCUUACCGGUUCAUAUCAAGGCUCGUGGGACUUGAACACUUCGGCAAUCCUGCCGGUUAUCGAUGAGGAUAAAUGGAAGCAGCUGGAAGUCCCAGCCAAGGGUGGCCCUCCGCUGCCUCUGGUACCGGGCCUGAAUAUUGAUGAUAGGGAGAGUAUCAAUGCUGAUCCUCAACUGAGAUGGGAUGCGGAGAAGUAUCCGGUGGGACUGAAGGCAACGCCACACCCUAAGGUAGAGGGCCCGCAGUUGGAUGAGAAGGUCAAUAACAUGAUGCCAAAUGUCGCGCAGCUUAUAGAUGGAGUGAAGGUAGAUCUCGGCAAGCCUGUGGAUUACGGCGCGCUGAUUGGUCCUUCCCGAGGAGUGAGUAAGGACCGACCUCAGCCUCCUAGUAUGUUUGAAAAGCCGGAGCUAUCAUGGAGCCAGAAAUGCUUGAAGAACCGACUCAGCCUGGACACGACAAUCCCGACGUACAGUAUCACUGCGGCGGUGCCGGUCGAGUCCAGGGGCGUGGAGGAGUGGCUACCGAAAAAGGGAAAUCUAACGCGUCUUCAAGAGGAAAACCCUGCGGCAUUUGCUGCUACUACACCGGAUGAUGAUGAUGUCACUGAGAAGAAGUCUACUUCUCCGAGGGGUUCCUCUUUCCUGGGGGGAGAUGAUGACGAUACGGAGGAUAUUAAGAAUCAUAUAAAGGCAACGAGAGCUCUAUUGACGCCUAACCUCAAGCACACGGUUGGGUAUUGGGGUGAUUGGAUGAAUCGCUUUUGCAACGGAAGGUUUUGGACUAUUACCUGUGGACAAGUAGCGUUUCGGUACACGAGGUCCGCGGAUAAUAUACGGAAAAAGCUGACCGUGGAGGUGAAGGCGGCAACGAAAAUGGUAUCCGAUUUGACUAAGGACGUGGAUGAGUUAUCGAAGUCCGAUCUGCAGCCGUUGGCCGACCUAACGGAUAUGGAGCGAAAGAAGGGAGACAAAGGCAUGAUGGAAAAGGCCGAGGCUGUAAUGAAGGUCCUGGCCUUGCUCAGGCCAGUUGUGGUGGAGACUAUGACCAGUCAAGAGAGAGGCAUGAAGGAUGUUGAGGAAGAUAUCAAGAAGACUGUGACACAGGAGAAGGAGAACUACGAUGAGUUAUUCGAGAAGGUGGGUUGGGUCGUCUGCAUCGGCCUCGACGACGCGGCAAAGUUUGCCGAUAUAGCGCAGCGAAACGGCAAAGUCCUGCUCACCAGUACCAAGAAGAUCUACCUCAAUCUUAUGAAGUCGAUAUCAGUACUUAUAAAAAAGGUGUACAAGUUGCAGAGGGCUCUACUGAUAGUGACAGCGCGGCAUGCGAAGCACAGUACUCGAAUCCUCAACGAGCUGGAGAGGACGACACGCUUCUUCAUAGCGAGAACGGAUCGGGCUGAUAGUACAUUGCGGAGCUUCGUCACGGCAGGUCCCGAACGACGAAAGGCGAUUAAAACGGUCAUGACACAGUUGGGAGACUAUCAGAAAAAUAUCGCCCUGAAGAGGUUUCAGCGCAGUGCGAGUAGAAUGGCUGGCCAGUCUAAGCGUAAAGUGCAAGCAACUGGUCACAAAGCCAUUCGAGUACUGAAGGUCGACGAUAAGGAUAUAAGGAAUCGGCAGAAAAAGAGCGAUAGGGCAUUCUAUGCGCGACUUCGGCUACUACGACGGAGGAGAGAGACCAUAACUCGGGAUACUCUUCGGGAUUUCGGCACGGCUGACCGCCACUUCUCUGACGAGGCGGGCUCGGAUAGUGUCUCUAAAUGGCCGUUGGUGAAUGACCUCCUCAAGGCAGCUGAGCAUCAGGCAUCGGCAGUAGAUGAGCUAGGAAGUGAGAUGCAUGGGAUAGUGGAAGGAGCUGAAGGACCUCAUAAACUGCUUGGGGACUCCCUCAAGGAAAACGAGAGGAAUAUGGAGGCUAGGAUCGAGCAGGAAACUGAGGAAAUGAAGAGGGAUACAAGCAGAGAAGCGACACAGGUGAACGCCGAUCUGAAGGAUCUCCAGAUGGCGGCGCAGAAUGCUGCUGGACGAGAGCGUACACUGGGUAUGGCUAAAGUGAAGGAAGUAGAACGGCAAGAGGCUGCAGUGGAAGAGGCCGAGAAGUCGCAACUCGACAACGCGGACAUAACUCGUGGACAGAGCGAAGCGGAGAUGAAAUCUGACAUCGGGCUGGCGGCCACUCAGGCAGAUGGCAAGCUGAACAAUAUGGCUGACACUGUGAAGUCCCGAGAGGAGGCAGAAGGGAGGCUGGUUGAGGCACAAGCGGUUGAGGCUGAUGAACGGCAGGGCAAGAUGAAACAGGCUCUAUCGGAAGGCCAGACACAGCGAGUAGCGGCCUUGGAUGCGGAUAUGGGUGCCAUAGCCGAGACCAAUAAGGAAGAGUACCAGCGUAUGCAGGAGCAGUUGAAGCUAGAAGGGAAUGAUGAGAAGAAAGGUGUGAACGCGACUUCGUCACUCGUGAGCGGCACGGCUGAUGCUGUCCACAACUCGGAGGAGCAAAUGGGCGCCUUACAUGAUGAAAUGAGUGCGGCUAACGCUAAGGCUCAGCAGGGCCUCGAUAAUGCACUGAAGGACCUUGAUCAUUUAUCCAGUGGGGGGUCUGCGGGUUUGGAUCACCUACAAGCGGACGAGACACAUGACCUCACUAAUUCUGUCCAGGAGGUGGCUGAGACUGCACAUAAGGAUGUCGCAGAGGCUCGCUCUGAUACCAAGAAUCGACUUCAAGCGGCACUUGGAGAGAUGCAUGCCCAGAUUGGGGGAAUGCUGGGGAAUGAACAAGAGAUGGAUAACACAUUAAUUGCACUGUCCUCAGAUGCUGCUAAGGCUCAGACGAGGGCGAGAGAGAUAGCGCAUGAGAAGGCCGCAGAGCAUGAUGAGAUUCUCGGCUACCUAUCGAGAAGCUAUAAGCAGAAUCGCGAUGAUAUGUCUAAGCUCCCAUCGGAAAUAGAGGCAAAAGGGAAGAAGCAGCUGACGAACGCCAAGAAGCUAUUGAGCGAUGAGAUGCAGAACCGCAACAAGGCGAUAGCGGCCGUAGCAGCUGAGCACAUCAUGGCAAUAGGCGACUUGAUGAAAUCGGUGAUGGACCUGCUCACGAAAGGCGAGAUGCAAGAGGAAGCCAAACGACGUCUGCUAGCUGAAGCUGAGAGCAAGAUGGUGGACAUAGAGCGCAGUAAGACGAAGCUGCAGUCCUUGAUGGGUGCCUCUGGCAACGAGACGUCGGGGGAGUCGGGUUCUAUGAAGAGAGCUAGAGGGAUGAUGGGUGACACUCAAAUGGAAUUGCUGCAUCGUCGGGAGGAGAUGAAACAGAGAUUGAAGAAAGGCUUGGUUUUCCUGGACCAUCAUAUCAGCGACGCUCAUGACUUCCUACAGCUCCACCUCAGGGAUCUGGAGAAGGCCUUGAGGAUUAUGAUAGAGCAGUUUCGCAAGCUACUGAAUGGCGAGGCGGUAACGUUUGCCAAGUCGGACCAAGAGGAUAGCGCUGGCACAGCGAAGAAGCUCGGCGGUGUUGAGGCCGGCCUCGAGAAGGAUAUGAAUAGAAAUAAAGUCAGGUUGGAGAGCAUACUAAAUGUAAGCAGUCUUUGCAGCAAGAAUAGAUCGUUCGAUGAGAAUUCAGGUCGACAAGGAAUCCACGAUGGACUUCACGACGUUGCUGGAGCAACAGCCAAUGCCGAGCGAGACAAGGCCAAGGAGGAGAUCGCUAAAAACGACAAAGUAUUGGCACAUGGAGAGGAAGGAGUAUAUGGCCAACUCGAUGGCCUCGGUCAGAAAGUUUCAGGAGAGGCAACGGAAGUUGGCAACUCUCUAGGAUACAACGCUAUAGCGCUGCGUAACGUGCAGCGCUUGGCUGAUGGGGAGAGGCAGACCUCCAGCAACGACCUGAAGGCCCUCAUUCACACUGUCUCUGCUACCAAGGACUCGGUUAUGAGGGAGAUGGCGGAGAGUCAUGGAGCUGAUCUGAAUGCGCUAGGAAGAGUAGAGGACGUCGUAGCCAUUGUGGACACUCUUACGAAAUCUGCCUUUGAUGAGAUUCAAGGCUUAAUUGGUAGCAGUACUGGUGACUUUCAAAGUUUGGAUGAGAUGCUCGACACGCUCGGCUCUAGCACCAACUCCUCGGUAGCGUCCAUGAAUAAAGACGUGGAGGAGGCCGUGAGGAAAUCUGAUAAGUUCAUGAACGGCAUUAGGCCGAUACUGGCGCAAAUGAAGGAGGAUGCCUCUGGUUACGAGAAGAAGGAUAGAGAGAUCGCCGCUGAAUCGAUAUCUGCGAGAAAGUCCGUUAUGAAGGCGGUGAGUGACACUUCGAAGGAGGGGGAUGAGGUGCGAGCACAGGCUUGGAAAGACGUCAUGAGUCAAGACAUGAGAAGGCGGCGAAGAGCACCCUUAUGGGUCGCUCUAGCGGCCCUUGUCGUGGUCACUCCGGGACUGUCCUCCCCCUCCCCCCGACUGUCAAUAGUGGCUAACAUGUCGGCCGAGGAGAUCGCCUCACUACCAGUAUCGUCCCUGGCCUCUCUCACCAAAGGUCUAUGGCACACUCUCACUCCCCUUCAAGUAUCCAAGUUGCCACUACGCACCUUAGGGGAGAUACCUGUACAAGCGGUGACUUUAGAAACCCUUGCUAGCUACCCCCCGAGGACGUUCAGGCAUAGCCUGCCUCCUACUAGCCAAAUGGAGGCCAAUCAGCCGUCCAUCAGCGAUCAGCAACGAAUACUGUCCCAAUUGGAUUCUGAUGCCUCUAUCACGCCAGAAUCGCUCCUGUAUGAGGGCACUGCUGCCCAUGCUAUGUUGUUGCAACCUAUGAGAGGCUAUUGGAGUGAUUGGACAACUUGGUACUGCGAUAAGUACUUUUGGUGGCAAUGGUGUGGUACGGUUGCAUUCAAGAGAACGGAAGCUCUGAGGGACAAGAUCAAGAAAAUGGCUGCUAGGGUGAAGCAGGCAGAAACUGAGUCCCAGCAGAUGACCAACCAGAUGGAUCAAUUCCGAUUGAAUGACAGUAUGGUCCUCAUCGAUCCUGAGCAGAAGCACGACGGGUUGACCUCGAGAGCGUCUUCUCUACUCAAGGCUGUGUUAGUAGAGCAGCCCGCAGUGGGGAAAGCCUUCGAAGGACUCUACCCGAAGCUGCAAGAUCUAGAGGACGAGAUUAAAUCAGAAGUUGACAUGAACAAACAAUCGUUAGCGGAUAAGUUCACAGAAACAUCUCAAGUGGUGGCAAACAACCUCAAACAACAGGCGAAGCACGUAUUAGGGCAGACUGUGAAGAUGGACAAGAAUCUGCAUAAGGCGCUGAGAACGCUGAGUAGAGGCGUACUGAAGAACUCGAGAACAGUAGCAAGAGGAUCAUUGAAGGCGCUGAAAGAGGCCGAGAAGGACAGCUCUAGGGUAGAAAGGAAGAGCGGUAAACUACUGGACACGGCCACUCGCGUGAUAGCGAUAGUGAAUAAAUUGAUGGCCAAUACCGCACCUAGCAAGCAUCGUCUAUUGAUGACUAUUCUGGAUCAGCUGAAGCAGAAGUUGUUGCAGCAGCGGGUGCGCCAACAGAGCCUCGUACGUCCCUAUGAGCAGCGGCAAAAGAGAAUAAUGGAUAAGGAGAGGAAGGCGGUUAUUGACCUCAUGAAGCGGGACUCACGCGCUGCUCUCUACAACGCUGAGAAGGAGUUCUCAAGGGGAGUCAAUGGUAGAUUGUUGAGGAUGAAGUCACAAAGAACCGUUAUUCAAAGGACACAGAAUCAGGAUCUGAGUCGAGAGAAUAAGGCCUUGAGAGAGUGGCUGAGCUCGGAAGGCAAGAAGGAGGAUUCGGUGAACAGGCAAGCAGCGGACGCUGGAGAGGCCGUUGAACGGCAGUUGCUCGCUAGCGAGGAGAGUUUGAUACAGCAUAAACGACUGAUGGAAGAUCAGCUGCAGGAGGUGGAAGGCAAUUUGAAAACGGUUGAUAAUGUUGUGGAUAGAAGACUCAUGGCCUCGAGUGACAGCAUGCAGAGACAGUUAUUGGGGGAGUCUGAGCUCAUUAACGGAGAUCUGAAGAAGCAGGUUGACGAAGAGAGAGAGCGUGCCUUGGGAAGGAACGUCUACUUCGAAGCUCAAGUCGGGGACGUAACGAGACAAGCUGCCAUUGAAAAGCAGGAGGAAGCUCGGGGGGUCGAUGGAGCUGAGCGGAACCUGGCCAACGAGGAAAGUCGGGCGGAACACGACAUUGCUUCUGCUGGUCAAAAACAAGAAGUUCGCGUGCGGAGCCUCCUCGAGCACGGGAAGGGCGAAGUUGAUGGAGUGGCUGGUGCGAUCGCUAGUGGGGGAGCGGAUGAGCUCUCUCGACUGGAUUCUAUAAUGAGCUCGCUCACAGCAACUAAGACCGCUCUCACCAAAUCGAUCGAGGAAGAUAUGGGCGGCGUGGCCGAGGCUCAGCGAGGAGAGUUCACUCGGCUGAGGGAGAAUGUGAAUAACGCCUACAACGAUACUGAGGAUGGCAUGUCUGAAUUGGACAGAGUUCUGUCGAGUAUGGUCGGGGGCAUGCAGUCAUCUGUUGACGGUCAAGAAGACCUGAGGAAGGGUCUGCAAGGGAUGUCUGCUAUUCUUGAAAAGGAGGCGGCUAAGGCUAAUGGCGACAUACGGGAUAUCACUGGUGAGAGCGCUAUGGCGUUGCGGCACCGCUCGGCGGAGUUCAAACAGGAGGAGGUAGACGCCGUAAGAGACGUUGAUGGGGUAUUGGACAAUGCUAUAGGAGGCAUGAAAGGGCGAAUGAAGGAUGAGCAGAAGGGUAUGAUGCGUAGCUUGCGAGGAAUGCUGAGUGAGCUGGGCAGUAACGAGGAGGGUGUAUCGGCCGUCUAUGAUGAAGCACAGGGGGGAAUGGCUAGGGUGGCUACUAAGCUGAGAGAGUAUAAGGGUGAUGUAGUAGAAGAGAACAACAAGUUGCAGAAGUACUUAGUCGAUGCUCAAGGCCAGGAGGCCCAGGCUGCGCUUAAGAUAGCCGACGGGGUAGAGCGCGACGGCUUGGCUAGGAUCGCCCAGACGAGGAAGCUCCUCAUGGAAGCGCGGCAGAAGGCUGAGGAGGGCACAUCGGAGAAAGACAAUCAACGAGCUAGAGAGCUCAGGGAUGCAAUAAGCCAGAUUGAUGACAUGCUGAAUGCUGCUGUACAGCGAGGGUAUAAAAGUCGGGCGGCUCUCGCGAGUGUUGACAGCAUUGGUGAUAGUAUACGUAACCGAGGCAGCGCGUUCCGCAACAUGGGUGUUGAAGAAACGCAGAAUGCUGAGAAGGAGUCCGAGCGUUUCGUCACCGCUCGAAGAGAUCUUAUGCAGCAGUUGUCACGUUAUAAAAAUGAGAUAGAGAGAGCUCGGGGGUCGCUAGCCAGAGGAGUGCAGGUCCUGGACCGAGGGGUUCGGGAUAGGACUGAAGAUAUGAAGAAAAGUAUCAAGUUGGGCAGGGAGGGCCUUGCGCGUAUUGUUGGGGGCAUUGCGGCUAUCAUGUUGAAGGCAUCGAAGGCUGAGCUGGAGGAGAUUCUUAAUGGGGACAUGACGCAGGAUGAGAAGGUUCAAGCUGUCAGACGACUGUUCGAGAGCGGACGAGAGAAAUUCGGUCACGACGCGGCUGCAGUUGCAGAGGAGAGGAACAAUGCUGCUACGAAGCUAGCCUUCGCUCUCGAUAGCAUUAUCAAGCAAGCAGGGGAACUCGGCCUUAGUGGUGACGAGAUGCAUGCGUACGUCCAGAGGGAGCUUGAGGAGGAAGCGGGGGUGACCGCUGAGGAGUUCGAGAGGGUCAAAGCACAGCUCGGUGGGGAUCUAUCCAAAUUCAAAGAAAUGAUGGCGAAUGAGAAAUCGAAAGCCAUCGAGAUGCUCAAGGAGCAGGAGGUCGGCGAGGCCCUCAGAGCUUCCAGCGUCGAUACCGGCUUGGGCGACUUGGGUAACGCUCUGCUGCGGGCGGCCUUGGAGGAUGGUGGCCAGCUUGGGUAUAACUCUCUCGCGGCUGGGCGUUACAUCAGCGAUGCCCGCUCGACUGAAGGUCUUUUUUCUCAUGAAGCCCGUAGUCUUGCCCAUUCGGCUCUAGCAAUGGACCAAAAACUACUUGAAGACAUCGCGGCAGAAAAGGGCGUUAAGAUGGAGGAGACGGCCAGGGUGGAACAUGUACAGGCGAGCUUUGUCUCUCUGGUGGAAGAUGCGCUAGUUGAGAUACAAAAAGAGAUGAACAGAACGAGCAGUGCUAUCAGUAGCAUCGAAGGCCUUGGCGGACCUAGCGAUGAACUUGAGAAGAACUUGCGGGAUCUUGCGAAGAGAACUGCUACUGCCAACAGUGACUUGGACAAAUUGAAAGCGUCUUACGAUCCUAUAUUUGACGAGAUGAAGAAGAAACUAAUGGCCUAUGGAAAGGAGCAGAGAAAGGCUAAAGAUGCUCAACUCAAGGAAAAGAAGAGUAUUCAGAAGCGUUUCUCAGCGGUAGAUUCUGAGCUGGGAAGAGCCAGGAGCAGGCUGUGGGCUCAAGUCCAAGGGGAUAUCGCGGAGGAUGUUCAGGCGUACCAGAAGUCGUUUGCCGAGGGUCAGGAUGAAUUCAAUCGAAAGAAAUGACAUGCGCAGGCUUUGAGACACAGC